AUGCUCGAUCAUCCUCCCAGCUCUCUUAGUGAGGCGCGGCGAAUUCAAAACAUGACUACAUUCAGAACAUACUUUGCAGACAAGGAGGCCUACAACAAUCCAUAUCGUCUGUGGAACUUGGACGUCUUUGACUACGAAAUUUAUGGCACAAUCCCUUUCCUAUUAGCUCGCCGAGCUGGAACGAUUGUUGGAGCCUUUUGGCUCACGCAAAACUCCUUACGGUGUACCAAGACCAUCUACCAAGACAAUCUACCCCCUUGA